GGAGAGUUUUCCUUACAGGUAUGUCAAGAUCGAUGGGUUCCACCGCGAAGAUCUGUCUAUCUUCGUCGUGCUCAGUGAGUUUGCCGAAGUCCAAUGGGAUCAAGACACAACACGAAGGUUAGUCCGCAAGAUCGACAAGACAACAGCCGACCACAGGUGAGAGUGAAAUGGGUGCAGGAGUGCUCCCCAAUCCCCGAGAGAGUAUUCAAGAGUGCUAUUGGAAAGAAUUACUUCAAUGUGAACAAGUUCAUGCACGAACUCGAUAAGCAACAGGUAGAUGAUCUUCUUCACCUGAUGCUGGGUAGGAAGAGUGGACGGGAACCACCACAGCCAGACAGAACUACAUUCCAGCGUGAGCAGCACAAUGGCACAGGGAGGAUCCACCAGGGAAGAGGAGUCGCACGCGCAAUGGAGCCACAACAGGCAAAUGAGCCACCUCGAGGUGCAUGGGGACGCCCACCUCCAUCAGUGACAACAAUGCAAGGAGGCUCAAGUUCUUUUAGUCAGUCGACAGGAUGGGAUUACCAUCAGAAGCCAACUCAGCAGAGCCCUCCUCCUUUCACUCCAUCUGGCAGGAACAUCCCUGAUUCUGAAAUCAAGCCUGCAGGAUGGGGCUCACCACCUAAGGGUAAGCCACAGAGUUCAUCUGCGCCUGCAAGCCAGAGUGGCAUGAAUGACUCUGAUUUUGUCGUCGUACCAACUGGAUGGGGUUCACCUCCGAAGUCGAGGUCGCAGAGCCCACCUUAUGAUCAAGACCAAAGAAACCAGUCGAACAGAUUGGCAGGUCUAAAGGAGAAAGAGAAGCUUGGAUGGGAAGAUAGAAGCAAUGGUUGGAAUGCAAGAGAGCCAUGUUAUGCUGCUAAACCGAGACCAAGAAUUCAAGAGGCAUUUGGUGAAUGGAAGGGGAAUGGGCGAUCAGAGUCUGUGAAGGUUAAAGUGGAACCUUCAGAAAGCUCUUGCCCAUGUCAGAGUCAUAGAUCGUUUGAUUCGUCAAGCACGGGAAGUGGAGGGAGUAGUGGAAAUCGUGGGAAGCGAGAAGGGAAACAGAAAGGAAAAGGGUUUGUGAAAGAGGAAUUCCCUCAGGGAGGGUGGAAGGACCACACUCAACGGCAAACUGACAACCGACAGUUGGCCUUGGACGAGGAAACCGCGAAGGUUUUUGAACGGUUGGCAGUUGCUGAUCAGCCUUUGGCAGAUGCUCUUCAAAACGUCUUGGAGUUAUCAAAAACAUCAGUGCAACAGGCUCUGCACGAAGCCGCAGAGGCCCGACAAGCUUUGGAAACUGAAUGGAAGGGAAAAGUGCAGAGUAUAGAUGCAGAAUGGAAUGAGAAAAUCCGAAAGAUGGACUUGGAGAGGCUUAGAAUGGAGAUCAACUGGGCCGAGAUGUUGCCCAAAGUAGCUAGCGCAUACAACAACAGCGUGCAUUUGUCCACCUGUCGCACUCCCAAUGAGCUGCACAAGUCCUUUAGGCGGCGUAGACCAUUCGAAGGAUUGAACCGGGACCAGAUUCACAGACUACCGCCCAACACUAGGGAGUUUGCGAUACAGCAUGAGAAGGAAUUAGCAACUAUUGUUGAGAACCUCAGGAAGGCCCUGCAUAGAAUGAUAGAGCAGGCUAAUAAGCACUGCCGCCCGUUGCAGUUUCAGAUAGGCGACUUAGUUUGGGUCAAGGCUAAAGAGUUUGCACCUGAGGAAAACAUCUUGCAGAAGUUACUGCCUGCAUAUAGAGGAUCGUGGCUGGUUCUAGAAGUCAAGGGCGAAGAGGAUGGACCGUCCUACACUAUAGAGAUCCCAGUACACCUCCACGCAUAUCCUGUGUUCCAGGCUUCAAAGCUGUUGUCGUGUGUCACAAGCCAACAGUUCCCUUCAAGACGAUCUAUGAUCUCUCCGGAUAUGGACGGAAGUUAUGACAUUGAAGGUAUUGUAGACGAGGAUGUGUUUAGAACAGGAGGUAGAGGUCGUCCCCAGAAGCAGUAUAAGGUUCGGUUUGCCUAUCAGGAAUCGGAAGACGACCGCUGGUUCACAAGAAGAGAACUUCUAGAAACAACUCCCGACAUAGUCAGGGCCUAUGAGCGUGAUAAGAAAGGUAAAGGUCCUGCCUUGGACUGAAAUAUUCUCGAAGGACCUUGAAUUUAGGACGGUGGGAGUGAAACGGUUUUCACCUUUUUGCAGA